AUGCGGCAGGACAGCAUGGCCUUUGAGGUGGCACAGGGCGCCGUCGAUGUCCGCUACAUGAUCAUCAACGAGAAGGGGCCGCUCUCCCGCGCCAUGUUUGCGGAGCUGCAGCGCCAGGCCCCGCCGGGCGUCCCCGUCUUCCAGCCGGAGCCAGAGGAGCCCGACAUCUGGCAGGUCCUGGGAGGCGAUAAGGACGACUUCCUUGUCUACGAUCGCUGCGGCCGCCUGGCUUUCCACAUCCAGCUGCCCUACAGCUUCCUCCACUUCCCCUAUGUGGAGGCAGCCAUCCGCUUCACCCACAGCAAGGACUUCUGUGGCAACUGCUCCUUCUACUCCAACACCACUCAGGAGGCUAACAGUACCAUGGAGGUCCCUGUAACCCUGACCCCACUUCCAGAACAAGAGGGGAAGGAGGCAGAGACCCCAAUCCACAAGCACAACCCCCUCCAUCCUCACCACCACCAUGAGAUCAGCAGCGAGAGAGCCACAGACCCGAGUGGGGACAAAAAACCUGUCACCCAUGCUCACCACCACUACCACCAUGGAGACCAUGGCCAGCCUCAUCCCAAGGGGCAGAAGCAGGAGGAAAAUUAG